AUGUUGAGUAAAUUACUUAUUCUCACAACAGCCUUGAUUGCAAUAGUCUUAUCAUUAUUGUAUUCAAGUAAUGUUAAUUUAUAUAAAAAUCCUAAACAUACAGAAUCAUUAUUAAAUAGUAAUAUUAGUAAUAAAUUAAAAUAUAUUGAAAAGGAUGGAUCUAAAAUAGCCUAUAUUGAAUUGGGUGAUUUGAAUGGACAUGCAGUUAUUCAAUUACAUCCUACACCUGGAUCACUUUCAUAUGGACAUUUAAAUGAAGAUGAAUUAGCUAAAAAACAUUCUAUUAGAUUAAUUAAAUUUGAUAGACCUGGUAUUGGUCAAUCUUUUUUAAAUACUAACAAUAAUACUUUAAAUACUUGUUCAUGUUCUAAAGAACAAUAUUAUUUAAUUAUGAAUUCUAUUCAAUCUAUUGUUAAUGAAUUAAAAUUAAAUUCAUAUAGUUUAAUUGGUCAUCAAUUAGGUGCUUUUUAUACUUUAUUAUAUUAUAAACAAUUACAACAAUUAAAUAAUAAUAUUGAAAAUAUUGAAAAUAUAGUUUUAUUUUCACCAAUAUUACCAAUUAAUAAUUCAAUUAUUAAUGAAAAGAUUACAAUUGAUAAAAUAAUUGAAUUAAUUAAAGAUUAUAAAUCUAUUCAUAAAUUAAUUUCAAUUAUUUAUAAUAAAAUAUUAGGUAAAAAGACAUCAUCUAUUUUAUUUAAAAAAUUAUAUAAAUUAAUUACAAAUAUAUUACCUACUAGAUCUAUUUUAUUACCAUUAUUAAAACAUUGUAAUUUAAAUAAUUUAAAUGAAAAUGAUAAUAAUAGUAUUCAUAAUUCUAUUAAUCAAAAUACAAUUACAUUAUUUGAAGAAUUUAAUUAUUUUUAUAAUUAUGAUGAUAAUAUUAUUGAUAGUAAUAAUAAUAAUUUAAAUAAUAUUUUAUUAAAUAAUAGUGAUAGGAUUAAAAUUUAUACAAAUUUAAAUAGUGAAUUUGAACAAGCUUUAGAAUUUAUCCAAAAUAAGAUUCAUAAAAAACAAAUUCCAAAUUUGAACCCAACAACCACCACUACUUCCACCACUCAACCAAGCACAUCAACUACAACAACAACACCUCAAGCUGAAACUACUACUACUACUGCUGCUACUCCAAGUACUCCAACAACAACCCCUACAGUUACUGCUGAAACCAAACAAGUAGAAUCAAAGGCUAAAGUUGAACAACAACAACAAGAAGAACCAACAACAACUACUCCUACUAGCACCACUCCUACUACUACUACUAAACAACAACAAGAAGAGGUUACUACACCUAUCACUACUACUCCAACAAGUGAUCAAAAACAAUCCGAUACCACUACUACCAAUCAACCAAGUAUGGACACUCCAACUGUUGAACAAUCUACUACACAAUCCACCACCACUACUGAAUCUACAUCUACAACUAAUCAAUCAUCAUCAUCACCAAUAAAAGUAGCAGUGAUUGGAGGUGGACUUGCAGGAUUAUCAGCAGCUAUUGAAAUUGCAGAAUUAGGAGGUUAUGUUUAUUUAAUUGAAAAAGAAGAACGUACAGGUGGUAAUAGUGCUAAAGCAACAUCAGGUAUUAAUGGAGUAUUAACUAAAGCACAGGAAAGAUUAUCAAUUCCUGAUACAGUUGAUUUAUUUAUAUCUGAUACUACUAAAUCAGGUAAACAAGCAGGUAAUCCUAAAUUAAUUUCAACACUUGUUAAAGAAUCAACAAGUGCAAUUGAAUUUUUAGAAAAUCAUGGUAUUGGAAUGGAAUUAGUAACACAAUGUGGUGGUCAUUCAAUGGCACGUACACAUCGUUCUGCUCCACCUAAAGUUGGACGUGCAAUGAAUGUUGGUGCUGAAAUUACUUUUAAAUUAUUAAAUUAUAUUAAGAAUAAUUUAAAUGAUAGAGUUACUGUAAUGACAAGUACUAAAAUGAUUGGUUUUUUAACUUUAAUUGAUGAAAAUAAUAAUACAAUUGUAACAGGUAUUAAAUAUAUUACUCUUGAACAAGAAUCAAAAGAACAAUCAAAAGAAUCACAAUCAGAACAAUUAAAAGAAUUAAAAGAACAACAAGUUAAAGAAUUAAAAGUAUCAUCAGUUGUAUUAACAACAGGUGGAUAUGCAGCAGAUAGAGAAGGAUAUUUAAAAGAAUAUGCACCACAAUUAUCAAAAUUACCAACUACUAAUGGUAAAUUUGCUAAUGGAGAAGGUAUUAGAAUGGCAGUUAAAGAAUUAGGAGCCUCAUUAAUACAUAUGGAAUCUAUUCAAGUACAUCCAACUGGAUUUAUUGAUCCAUUAAAUCCUAAAAGUAUGACAGUAUUUUUAGCAGCUGAAGCAUUACGUGCUUAUGGUGGUAUUAUAGUUAAUGAGAAUGGUAAUAGAUUUUGUAAUGAAUUAGGUAGAAGAGAUUAUGUUUCUGAUAUGAUAUUUAAAAAUUGUAAAUCUGAAAUUGAAAAUGGACAUACUACUGCUUAUAUGAUUAUGAAUGAUCAUGUUGCUAAAUCUUUUAGUGAAUCUUUAUUAUCUUUUUAUAUUGGUAAAGGUUUUAUUAAGAAAUUUAAUAAUUUACAACAUGCUCAUCAAGAAUCAUUACAACAUUUAAAUUUACAACAAUUAAUUAAUACUAUUGAAAAUUAUAAUCAUUUUUAUAAUCAAUAUCAAUUAAAUAAUUCAAUUGUAGAUGAUUUUGGAAAGAAUUUAUUCCCAACUCUAUUUAAUUUAAAUGAUACCAUUUAUAUUUCAAGAAUUACACCUUCCAUUCACUAUACACAUGGUGGUUUAUUAUUUGAUGAAAAGGCAAGAGUUUUAAGAAGAAUUGCAAAUGAUAAUACUGUUGAACCAAUUCAAGGUUUAUAUACUGCAGGUGAAGCAUCAGGUGGAUUACAUGGUUUAAAUAGAUUGGCUGGUAAUAGUUUAUUGGAAUGUGUUGUUUAUGGAAGAAUUGCUGCUCAUGAAAUUAUUAACAAUGAUUCCAACAAACAACAAUCAAAACUUUAAAUAAAUUAUUGAAUUAAACGAUUCAGUUCUGUUCUUUGA